AUGGACAAGCGCGCACGCACACUCUUCAUUUCCCGGCAGAUCAAGCGCCCGAACCACUCAAUCCUCGACCAAACCGCAGAACACUACCUCCCGCAAGUCCGUUACCCCUGGAACAUCCCCUCUAACCACUCUCACCCAAACGCCCUCUCAAACCUCGACGGGUUCGGGAUGGGUUGGUACAUCUCCCCUUCCGCUCGGCGCGAAUACGAGUCGCAGAAGGAGGAACUGAGGAACGGCAUGUGGGAGCCGGAGGUUUAUCAUUCGCUUGUUCGACCGGCGUGGGACGAUGAGGAAGUGAGGAGGAUUUGUGAGGGUGUCAAGAGCUCCGUCGUCUUUGGUCACGUUCGGGCGGGCAGCAAUCGCAUCGAAUCCAACUGCCACCCCUUCACCUUCGGCCGUUUCCUCUUCAUGCACAACGGCUUUGUGACUGGCUUCUCGAAGGACCCGCAGAGACUCGAGAAGUUGAUCUCGCCUGCUGCGAGGAAGGUCGUGCGCGGGACUACGGAUUCUGCGCGCAUCUUCGCCCUCUUCCUGACCUUCCUCGACCCGACGAACACAGGCAGCUGGACGCGUCCCCUCCCCCGCUCCGCGCUCGUCUCGGCCCUCAUCCGCGUCGUCUCAGUCCUCUACCAACUCUACCGACCCUUGGGGGGCUGGUCUCGCUCCCGCACGCACUGGAACAGUCUCAACAUCGCCCUUUCUACUGGCUCCGACUUUGUGUGUAUGAGGUACGCGACGCCGAGUCGUGAAGCGCCGAGUUUGUAUUGGAGUACUCGGGCGGGUGUGAGGAUGGAUUCGAGGUAUGAGGGUGAGCCGGAUGGAGGAGAUGGAGGGGGAGGGGAGGGACGAAGGGGGAGGGAGGAGAAGAGGCCGCAUGUCGUUGUGGCGAGCGAGCCGAUGACGCAGGGGAGGGACGAGGAUUGGCAUUUGUUGCAGUCGGGCGAGAUCCUCGACACGAGCAUGGACGAUCUCCGCGAAAAGUUGCUCGAACACGAGCGACACAAGGCGCGCGACCCGUACGUCAAGUGGACGUGGAAGCCGCGGAUUCGGACGGUUGAGCAGGUGCGAGCCGAGAUUGGCGCUGUUGGGGAGCGCAAAAGGAGGAGGACGAGCAGCGUGUCGUCGUUGGACUAG